ACGUGCGUGCAUGUUGAAGCACACACACGUGUACAUAUGUUUGUAUGCCGAUCUACUAUCUUAACAUUUUUGUGAAAAAUAUAUGCAUAUGUAUGUGCCUACGUCGAAAAGUUGCAGUUUCCAUUGCUUACUUGAAUUGAUUGAAAAUGGCGCUCCGUAUUGUGUUCAAGAUGCCUGUAUCGAAAGCUAUGGGCCAAACGUUGGUGCGCGCCAUGUCAUCACAAGCUGUUGCCUCCAAGAAUGUUGGCUUUAUCGGACUGGGCAACAUGGGCAGUAAUAUGGUGAGCAAUCUGAUCAAGAAGGGACACAAAUUGCACGUCUAUGAUAUUUCAAAAGACGCCUGUGAUAGUAUGAAAGCCAAGGGCGCCAUUGUCUACGAAAAGACCUCCGAUUUGGCUAAAAAUUCAGACUUCCUCAUCACAAUGUUGCCCAACAAUGACAUUGUGCGAGAUACUUAUAACCAACUAACUGCCGAUGGUAUCAACAAGAAUACCAUAUUCAUCGAUUCAUCUACCAUUGACCCGAAUGUAGCAAAAGAGGUGCAAAAGUUCAUUACCGGCAAGGGUGCCCGCUUCAUUGAUGCACCCGUAUCGGGUGGUGUUCCCGGCGCUGAACAGGCCACAUUGACUUUCAUGGUCGGCGGCACUGAAGAGGAAUACAAUAUUGUCAAGCCCAUUCUGGAGUGUAUGGGCAAACGUAUUACUCAUUGCGGUGGCUAUGGCAUGGGCCAAGCAGCCAAAUUAUGCAACAACAUGAUGUUGGCUAUUUCCAUGAUUGGCACUUCCGAGGCAAUGAACUUGGCCAUACGUCAAGGCUUGGAUCCCAAAGUAUUCGCUGAGAUCAUCAAUUCGUCAACUGGUCGCUGCUGGUCGUCAGACUCGUACAAUCCCGUGCCCGGCAUUACACACACUGCGCCCAGCAAUAAAGGCUAUGCUGGUGGUUUUUCCACCGAUUUGAUUACCAAAGAUUUGGGUUUGGCGUCGGAUGUGGCUACCGCGACAAAUACACCAAUUCCAUUGGGUGCUCUAUCUCACCAAAUUUAUCGCACAUUGAAGGCAAAGGGACUGGGCGGCAAAGAUUUCUCAAUUGUCUAUGAAUUCAUGAAGAAUGAGGCGAACAAUUAAGUAUGAAAGGGACGAGAAAGCAGGCGAGCGCGAUAGUUAAGAGAGCAUGAACUUGUAAAGGGCAUGCUGGACUUUGCUUGCCGAAAAUAGAUAUGCGUGUAUAAGUGUUCAUAUACGAGUACUUGUAUGAAUGUUUUAGUUGUAGCGCUUCUACUUGAGUUGAAAAAAAGCUUUUAUUGUGACAUUUACGCAUUUUACCAGAUGUGCAUUUAUUUUAAAACUUUAAUUGUAUUCCUAUUUGAAAAAAAUUAAGUGUUGAGCAUUUAUUAGUAAAAAUAAAUAAAUUAAAUAUUUACAAAAACAAUGCCUAUCUAUAGUGAGAAGUAAUUGGCACAGAGGCGAAGGCGCUUAUAAGAUAUGAAUAUUUUUACAGAGAGUAUAAUUUUUGAGAGCUUUUUCUAUCAGCAAUAGCAGCCACUUCUCUUAUCAGUAGAAAAUCGCUAAAUACUUUAUAAUACUCAGUGCAAAAAUGCUUACGAGUAAGCUAUCAAAAACGCUAACAUCUUGCGUAUGUGCUGUAGAGCUGCGUUCAAAAUUUUAAGAAUGGUAAUACUUUACUAAAUUCAAUUAAAAAAGUUAGGCACUUACAAACAUACCUAUAAGCCAUACAAUAUUCUAUCUGCACUUCUGAUGAGAUACUAAAUUAAAGCAGGCCAAUUUAUUGGAACUAUUUUUAUCGACAGCGUCAGUAGCAGAUAUGGAUUCUACAUAAAAUUAUGAGAAAAAAAGUCUAUAACAGCACAACUCUAAAGUCAAUUUUGAGCCCAUCUAAAUUUUAAGAUAAGCUACACUUGUGUUCACAUAGUUAGGCCACUUAAUUUAUUUACAAUAAUCGCAAUAUUUUUUCUUAUGUUAAAUUUUUUUCGUUAAUUAUUAAUCAAAAUAUAGUUCACUGUGUAACGAAAACUGAAAGAAUUGAAGUUACAAACUUUUAACAAUAUUCACGAAAAUUUAACAAAUUCAAAAUGUUGUCACUAAAAGUAAAAAAAAAUUUUUUAUUUUAGAAAACUUUUGGUUAUUUUAAUAUGGUAAAAUGAAAACUUUAAUGGAAAAAGUGAAUGUAUGUAAUUCUUUUAUAUGUAAAGGGUGGCGCAAAAUUAAUCGGGUGGCGCAAAAUUAACUAUUCAACUUUUUACUAACAAAAACAAAAUUUUUGAGUGACGGAAAUCUUUAUUUUGACCCAUACGUGCUCCAUUGCUUGUCUGUUUGGAUGCUGCAGCUGUCUAGAUCACAAGUGUCAAAUAUGAUUGCCGUAGGACGAUAUUUGCAAAUAUUAUAAAUCUUUCCAUAACUGAUUAAUUUUGCGCCACCUUUUAAAUCGAAUUAAGCCAUGCAGAAACAAAUGUAAUAUUUAACGCCAUUGUACGUUUCAUUAAAUAGGGAAUAGAUGUAAAAAAUAAUAUUCUCCAGUACAAGUUGUAUUAAAAAGUAACACUCAUAGUACUUCAAUAAAUUAUUAAUCUGCCUAUUAGCUGAAUUUCCUAGAAUCGAUGUUGAAAAACAAAAAAAUGUACCCGUCCUAAUGUAUCCCUCACUCACACAUCCUUUAUUGAUGUUGCGCUACAGCCCUAUGUCAACAGCAAAUGGUUUUAUGAGCAGGUUUUUCUUGACAGAAAUACCUCCAGAGACUAGCCAAUGUCUGCAAAAGAGCGGCCGCUAGUAGAAAAAAAUUAUUUUCAAAACCUGAUUUCAUUUCCGGACCCUUAGAAUGAUGAUGUACACGUAAAAACUCUCGAAAAUAAGAAUAGAAUUAAUGACAUAGGCAAUUAAAAUUAAUUGGCCUGAACUCUUCAUCAGAAUUUAUAAAACACGAAUUUGCUUAUGAAAUAUGGAAUAAGUACUCCGCAUGCAAUAUUUUAUUAAUUCAAAAUUAUUUUUUUUUCGAACUGCAGGCGUUACAGGACAACCAAACUGACUUCAGUUAAAAGUUGAGUUUGAUAACACAAAUAUGUUUAAUAGUUAUUCUUAAUGUUUCAAAGUAGGUGUUCGAUAUCCAUAAAAGCAUAUAAAGUUUGAAAGAUAGUUGGAUACUGGAGAGCCGUUUAUUUUGUGCUGGAGAUAUUAAAAAAAAAAAAAAAAUUAAUAAUUGACGCGUACACUUCUGUUAGGUGCUUGACCGAGCUCCUCCUCCUAUUUGUGGUGUGCGUUUUGAUGUUGUUCCACAAAUUGAGGGACCUACAGUUUCAAGCCAACUCCGAACGGCAGAUAUUUUUAUGAGGAGCUUUUUCAUGGCAGAAAUACACUCGAAGUUUUGCCAUUGCCUGCCGAGGGGGAAAUUUAACCACCAAAAACUAUCUAACACAAAAACAUAUGACUGAACCUUUUGUAAACAGUAAAACUUAUUUUUUGCGAAAUCUGGUCUUUUGUGCACUUCAGUCCUUGCGCUGGUUUAAAAUUUGCAACUGCAAAUUGGGGGACACCAGAAUUCGUUUUAGAGGUAUGGUUCCUUCCGUAAAGUUUCUUAUUUUGAUCCCUAGAAUAUGAUUUUCACAGAGCAAUGGGCGAUUUUUUUGCCUCCCCACAAAUCGACCCGGCCUAGUAGUGAUGCACUGACCUGUUCGGCUAAGACGGCCGCUUAUAACAUAUACGCGAAAUUCGUAUAACAAAUAUACGAACUGUUUGUUUAGCUGAAGAAAAUACGCAACACCGUCAGAGAGUGAGAAAUUGAAACCAGUUCAAACUUGCCUUCUAUCCGACUCAAAUUGAAUGGGUCAUAAACGUGCAUGCUCUAAAUUUUUCUAGAAUUUUGAUUAGAAAUGUUGAAAUUUUGAUGAAGAUAUGUCCAAUUAUUUUUAAUCUUUGUAUGUCGAACUUGGAUUAAUGUGUCACUUGUUCUAUAAUAACCUAUAUUUUUGCCAAAAAAAAAACAGAUAAUUUAAAGUAAAAAGUAAAUAAAUACAUAAAUACAUAAAUAAUCACAAUGUCGGGGUGCCAUAUUUCUUUCUGCAGGCUGUGCUUGUUAUUAACUGGCCUAGAAUUUUGUAUGUAUGUAUUCGUCUAGCUUACGCAACCUCAUUGGACAUUUUUACAGCUAUGCUAUUAAAUUGGGGAAUUGCUAAUAAUUUCGUAAAGCCUAAUAAUAUAACUUCUAACUAAAUUUAAAUGUCUAUUUAAUAAAUCCAUUUUCGUACAGAUUCUCUUCUUCUUCUUCUUUCAGCUAACUCCAUUAAAAUAUCACACAUCCGUAACAAAUCGCUUUAAUAUAAUUAACUGACUACAAUUAUACAUCCGUACAUAUGCACGAAUAUGAGUAUAUCUGUAAAUACUCAUAACUUCUACGUAUACAAAAUCUCAAUUUCACAUUUGUCAUAAAAAAAAUUAAGAAUACUUAGGUUGCGUACAAGUCAAAUGCGCUU